UAAUGCCACGGAAGACGGCUAUUUCUAGAGGGAGAAAGCGAGUCGAGUGAGAGAGAGAGAUGUACUUGAAGAAGGCCCUUUGGGCGAAGGAAGUAGCUUCGAAGGUGUCGCCGGAAUCGGAGCCGCAGCAGCAUUCUGCGGCUAUGGUAGUCCAGGAACUGGUUGAUUCGCUGAACCGGCAGCGGCUGUACCGGGAGAUCACGCUGGCCCUGAAAACCGGGCUCCGUGACGCCCGAGCAGAGUUCUCGUUCCUCCGCAUUCGCGGCCUCCGAAGUCUCCUCAAUUUCCUCCGAUCCGUUGCAGAGUCAGACUCCACCAUCCAGCUCUUCUGCCUUACUCAGUCCGUCCCCGAGCUCCGAGUGGUUCCGGCUUUGUUCCAACAUUCACUAAAAGAGCCACAAGACGAGAUAGUAGCAAAUUUGGAUCAUUUAUUUGGCGUAGAGCCUUUGAAGAUAACUAGUCCCUCAACUGAUGCCGAAGUGGCACUCGCGCUGCGGGUCUUGGAAGGUUGUUGCCUGCUCCAUAGAGAGAGCACAGCUUUGGCCCAUCACCAUAAGGCAAUUCAGGUUUUAAUUAACAUAUUAUCAACUCGUGGAGUACUUGAACAAGGUGCAUGCUUAGAUGCGUUAAUCUCAAUAAUGCUGGAUUCAACUGCCAAUCAAAUGGAUUUUGAGGCAUGUAAUGGCAUCGAGGAAGUUGCAGAGCUCAUAAGAGACAAACAAUUGGAUGAAAAUCUCAGGUUGAAAUGUGGUGAGUUCCUGUUGCUACUCAUAGGGCAUGUAAAUGGGAGGGAAAAGCCUCCCUUGGCAGCCAUACACGAAGACAUAAGCCGACUUCUAGGAGAGAAAUCUGCCUCCUUGAUAUGGGCAGCGAGCCAAUUUGGCUCCACACUGGAUCCCAAGGAAAGACUGACGGCUUUGCACAUCCAAGCUGGAAGGGUGCUUGAGUCACUCGAUCUGUACUAAGUCUUGACAUCACUAUGCCUGUACUGAAUUUAACAUAGGAAUGUUGCUUUCAACCAUUCUGGCGCUACCAGUGGUGUUUGCCAUUAUUAUGUUGAAGAUACAGAUAGAAAAAGCACAUUUUUUAUUUUUUAAAUUUCCUCUGUCUGUAUCAUGUUUGACUGACUAUUGGGUGAAAAGGCUAGUAAUCAAGGAAGAAUGUUUCAGAAGCUA